UGGCGAUUCGUUCAGCACUCCACUCGUUUUAUGUACUUGCUAUCUUCCGUAGACGUAGACGUGCUUUGGAGUGGGAGGGGAACUCGCAUACGGUUACGCAUUGCAUGCAUGGCAUUGAGAUGAAACCGAAAAUAUGGCGGCAUCAUCAUUACUUGAGAAGAUUGGGGAUUUUUUAGAGUGUCAGAUAUGUUUGGACAGCUUCCGGCGACCAAAGGUGUUGCAAUGUCUGCACACAUUUUGUCAGGAGUGUCUGCUUCGUAUGGCGCCCACGGUCCAUGACACGGUGAUAUGUCCGACGUGUCGAGAGCAGACACCGUUGCAAGGUGAGGGUGUGGCAGACUUGAAGAAUAACUUCGUGCUUUCGAAUCUCCUGGACCUUGUCACUUCGAUUCAGAAGCCACUGGAAGAUCUGCCGUGUGGCGUACCCAAUGGGACCACAUACACCUGUUCAAACUGCGAGGAUAACUCCCCCGCAACUUCCCGUUGUCUCAACUGUUGUGAGUUUCUUUGUGAGGAUUGUGUGAGGGCCCAUCGGAGGAUCCGAGCUCUACGCCACCAUGUGAUGCGGGACAUUGAAGCAUGGCUAGCAGCUGGACAGUGCAUUCGCAGUCCAGGAGAUGGAGAGGAAAAUACAAAUCUUGUUUACUAUUGCCCAGAGCAUGAUGAUCGCACUGUAGCAGUGUACUGCGAAGCUUGUGAGCUGGCGAUAUGUGGUGAGUGUGGUCAGACUGACCAUGCCCGACCUCCACACCGGGUUGUGACUCUUGCCGUUGCAGCUGAUCGAGAACGAGAUCAAAUCCGGCUAAUCCUAGCCGACUGCAAGCGUAAGCUCGGUGUGUUCUCAACCGCCAUUGAGUGCACGGUGCAGAUCGCCAAAGACCUCCAGAGAAGAUCCGACCGAGCCCAGAAGGAUGUGCAGAGACGGGCCCGAGAGUUCCUCACCAUAAUCCAGAACGAACAGGCCCGUCUUAUCAACACCCUACACAAGACCAAGGAGGAUAAGGAAAGUGAGAUGGCUGCCCACAUUGAUGGUCUUCAGCGCACUGUGGAUAUAUUACGUAACAUGAUUUCAAUGGCAGAAAGCGCUAUAUCCACUGAUAGCAGCACAGCCACAGUGUUCUCUGCUAAGUCACAACUAACAACCCGUCGACAUGAACUCGAAAACAUCACCAUUCUCAGCGUCCCUGCUGAUCUUAGCUCUCUUAAGUUUGAAUUGAAUAAUCAAAGCAGUUUUCAAGGGGACUUUCUUGGAAGUAUUAAGUCUUGAAAUUAGCACGAUUAACAAAGUGUAUGUGUCAUUUGGCAAACACUGUUGUUGAUUGGACUACACCUGUCCAGUCAUUAUACUCCAGUGUUAAAUGUUUGCACUUUUUACUUCAAUAUCUAUGGGUAUUAUUACAACUUCUUUAAAAUUGUUACCAACUUACCAUACACUCGUUGGUGUUCAAUCUCGAGAUUAUGAUUUUUACUACUUCACGGGAUGGCCCUUUAGGAACACCAACUUGUUUUUGAAACACACCUGCAAAUAUUGACAUGCCAAACUAUUAAUAUUUGAGAUCUGUGAUUAAUUGAAAACUUUUCGUUUUCGUUGAUGCGGACCAUUAAUUUUCAAAUAUUUUCAAUACACUUUUUAUCUAAAUCUUGGAAGUGUGCAAAACAUUUGGUAAUAUGAUUUUCAUCUCAAUCAGAGGUAAACGAAAAUCCAGAAAAAUUAUUUGAUACACGUUGUAUUAUCAUGAUAUUGCAUACUACAAAGACAAACAUAAUUAUUGGCAACUGGUACACGGUAAUCUUUCAAAAUCUUUGCAUGAUUAAUGCAGAAUCUAUACUUGAAUUGUAUAUAUUCGAACUUUUGUCAUGAUUGUAUAUUUGGUUUUCAAAGAAUUGUCACAAUGUACAAUGUAAGGCAUUUUUGCACUAGACUGUUAAGCUGUAAAGAUGUAAAGAAUAUACCUUUUUUUUCUUUUCUCAGGGCCUUUCACACUCUAAAAAAACCAACUAGUUAACAUGGUUAAAAUGACCCAGCUGUGAGCAACUGAUAUAUAAAAACUGAUGUAGUUCAUAAACUUAUCAAUAUUCUCCUCAGAAAAUACUGUUCAAGUCAAAUGCCACUAGAAAAUAGCUGAAAUAAUAGUUAAAUCCGGCUGAUCACUUAAAUAGACUUUUAUUAGUUUGGUUUUAGAGAUUCGUCUGGUGCAAUGCUAUUCCCUUUAUUUCUUCAAAACGUACAUUAUUCGUGGUAUAUUCCGUGUGUAUAAGAUCUACUUUACACGAAAGCUCAUGCAGAGGUUAUGUGCUAAUACGGUGUUUUUAAAUCAGCUGUAAUGUCUUUCUUUCUUGUCGUAUAUAGGUUUAUAAUACAAUUCAAGCUUUAACGACAGACAUGUCGAUGAUUGAUGGAGGUAAAAAAUAACAUCGCAAUGCUUCCGAUAGAAUAUUUUAUCAUUUUCAAUUCAUAUUCUCUUAUUGUUAUAGCCUCAAAGGCACACAAUAAUUUUCUGGUUUCAAUGGAUACUUAUGUUAGAUUUUAGUAAAAUCACAUUUUACAUAUAUAUGAAAUAUUUAUUUAUCACAGACUAUUAUCAUGAUGCUACCUGUAUAUUACUCUUUAAUUUAAGCACUUUUCUGUGUAAAACAGUUGUUGUUUUAUGACCAUUUCUACCAAGGGGCUUGUUAAGCAUACCGAAAGAGAAUUUAGGCUCAGCUACAUUAUACAUUUCGCUCAUAGCAUAAUCAAUCGAAGGUACUUUUGUUUUCCUUUGGAAGACUCCGUGUUAUGACGGCCACUGAAUUUACAAUCUCACAAAUCUUAAAACCAACCCCAAAAGCGGUUGAAAUGUGAACCGAUCAAUUGCUGGUUAAAAGAAGCCCUGUUCUUAUUUCAUGAAUUCUUGUUUUAACCAAUAAUUGGUUUAUUCAUACGUGAAUUAACUACUUAUAGGUUGCUUAAAAAGUUUCUGAGAGUGUGAAAUGCUUUAAAUUUUUAUAUAGGCCUAAUUCAGCAAUGAUGUGGAUAUACGUUUGAGCAAUCAUGUUGGAUGUAUAUACGCUGCUAACACUCAAGCUUUAUGAUAGCAAGUUGAAGCUGAUCGGCCGCCAUAUUGCCUGCUCUUUCAUAUUGGAAAUUAUGGCAGCCAAAAUAAGAGUGACUGAUCUUGUUAUUUCAAUUCAUUCUUGACUCGCUUGCAUGCAUGUCAUCAUGUCGUUGAGUAGAUUGCAUCUGGAUAUUGCAUUAUUAAAUCGUGUGUGACUCACUGUACUGUGGCGUAUGAAUAGUCUGAUAUGAUGUUUCGAUAUUGAAUAACGACACUGACUUGUAUGACUGUGUGGCAAAUUUGAAUGUAGGGAUGGGGGGAUACUAUUCUAUAUAGCAUGCAAGCUAAAAUUGAAGAUGAAUAAAUGCAUACAGCGGAGCAAUCACAAUAAAUAUAUUUUAGUGUCUUAAUGACCAUGUUUCCUGUUGAAGAAUAAUGCAUAUAAAUGUUUAAAGCCCCCCUCACAAUGCAGUAGAGAGGAGAUGUACUUUAUAAGCAAUGCAUUUGGGGCGUUGCCACGGAUGGGGGAGGGCAGGGGCGACCAUCCUUAUGAUUUUUAAGUAGUUGAAGAAAAUAGGAAAAAAGGACGGAAAAGGAAGAAAAAUAAGAAAGAAGGAGGAAGUAAAUAUCAAAAGUAGAGAUUCUGGCUUUGUAAUUCUAUGAUCCCUAUUUUUCAACUACGAUAAAAAUUACGACACUGUUAUGCCCACCCUAUCAAAAUACCCUGUCAUCUCCACAAAUCACAUAAAAAAUAAUGAUAUUGAUCAUGUUUGUAUUAUCUGAAGGGAAACAUAAUUUAUGCAUUUUCAUUUUUUUGUUCGUUCUUUCACCGAAUGGGAGGAUGUCUAAAAGUACGUUUGGAUUGUGUGAAACUCAUUACACAUUUCGACAUCUUUAUUUUGAUCCUUUAUAACAUCGUUUAACAAAGGCUUAUGUAUUGAACUGAACCAAGUAGUGACUGAACUAAUCCUGUGUCGUGGAACAGAGGUUGUUAUAAUUUUCUGACAACAAGAAUGUUUUAGAAAAUGUGGAUUUUAUUGAUCAUCCAUAAAGAUGUAAAUGGGUUUAUCCGUUUGAAUAACAAUCGAGAGUUGUCACCAAUCCACCAUGUUGAUUUUCUCUUUAAAAAAACAACAACACCGCUUUAUUGCAACCACUCACCGAAGAAUAAGUGUUUUGGUGGCACAGAGUUGAUGCAUAAUAAUCGCUAUAAAUUCUAACUUAAAUCCCAUUUGGUGUCAAAUAAAAAGAGUGUGAUAUCA